GAAAUCCCUAUAUUCACGACAAAUGAUAUAAUGGAUAAUCUGGAGUUGAGCCUGACAUCUCUUGGUGUAAUCUCGAGACAUGUCGAUAAAAGUCACAAUGAUCUCAGCAAGUAUCUGGCAAAACAGAUAUGGAGUCAGCAGGACAGGCAGUGUAUACUGGAAUGUCUUGCUCAGCUCCUGUUGGAGAAGGAAUACACUCUUCUCAUUGCACGUCACUUACGGCCACUGAUUCUGGACCUGUUGGAGAGGAACGCAGAGAGGAUCAAAGUAGAUGUCAGGUUAAAUCAUGACCUCCAUGAGCGCCUGUGUGUGGCUCUAAGCAAACUUCUCAACAUCAGUCCAGAUGCUCAAACGUUCGCGGCAAGGUACUUCAGCAGUGCUCCACCUGUGUUUCAGAGGCUCUUCUUCACAAGCGAAGAGGCUGCCUCCAUCCAUUAUGGACCCAGACGGAUGAAGCUACGAGACCUGAUGGGGGCCACCCUCCGCUUCCUUCAAAGUGACUGUGAGAAGUUCCGUGUCCUGUGGGACUGGAGUGCCUGUGUUUCACAGCUUCUCACCAGUGACAUUAUGGUCCGAAGUUAUACUGCCCAGUGCCUUGCCCUGGUGUCCCACAUGACAGAUAACCAGAAAACAAUCUUUUUGAGGAAGGUUCUUUCGAGUGAAGAGAUUUUGCAUCUGAAAAUGAAAUCACUUGAGGAGACACAGCAGCUGGAGGUAGAAAAGGCUUUGGUUUUGGCCAAUCAGGGCUCAGUAAUGUGGUGGAAAGAGAGGGUAAAUAAGGUCACCAGUGGUCAGGUAGUGACAGAAGACCUGACUCGGAGUGUUACUGCAGUGUGUGGGGUGAUCCUUCCCAGACGGACCCCCAGACAGGAGGAAAAGACAUGUUUAAGAACUCUGAUUAUGGUGGAUUCAACCUGUCAAAAUCUGCGACGGCUUGCCAUGGCUGUGGCAUCCCAGAAACCUGUUCUUUUGGAAGGCCCUAUUGGAUGUGGAAAAACUGCCCUUGUUGAAUAUCUAGCUGCUGCGACUGGACAUGUUAAAGCUCCUGACAUCCUCAAAGUUCAACUCGGGGACCAGACUGACAGCAAGAUGCUGCUGGGUAUGUACCGCUGCACAGAUAUUCCUGGAAAGUUUGUGUGGCAGCCAGGAUCCCUGACUCAGGCGGUCUCGAAAGGAUACUGGAUUCUGCUGGAAGACAUUGAUCAUGCUCCUUUGGAUGUGAUAUCUGUUCUACUCCCCCUUAUGGAGAACAAAAAGUUAACAAUUCCAGGAAGAGAGGACUGCAUUCAGAUGACCCCAGGAUUCCAGUUCUUUGCAACACGAAGGACGUUUUACAGUGGAGGAGCCUGGCAUCGACCUCAGAGUACCCAUGCAGCACUUCUAGACAAAUACUGGAGUAAACUGCAGAUCGGUAACAUGAGCAGAGAGGAACUCAAACAGGUCCUAACGAAGAGGUACCCCAACCUGGUAGUGGUGGUGGAGCGUCUUUUGGACAUAUACUGCCAACUAACAGGAGACAAACACCAGGUCAACUCUGGUCUUCAGAGUUCCAGUACAGGUCAAAGCAUAUCAGAUGAACACAUCAUAACAUUGGAGGGCAGAGGCCUUUCACUGAGGGACUUGCUGAAAUGGUGCGACCGAAUCUGUUUAGACUUUGACUGCUCAUCUGCUUCCACAGCACAGAAUGUUUUCCUGGAGGCUCUGGAUUGUUUUACUGCAAUGCUCUCCAAAUCCGAGAACAGACUGAAGAUGGCGGAGAUCAUUGGUAGCAAGCUCAACAUAUCCAGAGAGAAGGCCCAGCACUUCUGCCAGAUGUACCUGCCUGCUAUCACUGUGACAGAGCUCGAGGUGGCAGUGGGUCGUGCAAUGUUACUCCGCAAGCAGAGCGACGUCGUGCGACUCAACAUAGAAAGACAAACAUUUGCUGCCACGCGCCCCUCUUCCGUUCUUCUGGAGCAGCUUUCAGUGUGUGCGACUAAAGGAGAGCCUGUGCUGUUGGUUGGGGAGACUGGCACAGGAAAGACCUCCACUGUGCAGUACCUGGCUGGAAUGACAGGACAUAAACUCAGAGUGAUCAACAUGAACCAACAGAGCGACACUGCUGAUCUGCUUGGAGGGUAUAAACCAGUGGACCAUAAGCUGAUCCUUUUGCCCUUGCGGGAGGCAUUUGAGGACCUCUUUUCUCAAACAUACUCACGAAAGCAGAACCUGACUUUCCUGGGCCACGUCCAGACUUGCUUCAGAGGCAAGCGUUGGCAAGAUCUUCUGAAGCUCAUGGACCAUGUCUGCAAAUCAGCACUAACCAAGGAACUACAAGAUAAACCCAAUGCAGCCUUGCUGCUGGAGCAGUGGGAAGCUCUGGCUCUCAAGCUCAGCCAGACACAGGAACAGAUUCGUGCCUGUGAAUCUGCUAUGGUGUUUGCUUUUGUGGAGGGGACUUUAGCUCAGGCUGUGAAGAAAGGAGAGUGGAUCCUGCUGGAUGAGAUUAAUCUGGCUGCAGCAGAGACUCUGGAAUGUUUGAGUGGAUUACUGGAGGGCAGCGCUGAGUCACUAGUGCUGCUGGACCGUGGCGACACUGAGCCUCUGGUUCGUCACCCAGACUUCCGUUUGUUUGCCUGCAUGAACCCAGCCACUGAUGUAGGCAAGAGGAACCUGCCACUGGGUAUUAGGAACAGGUUUACAGAGUUGUAUGUGGAGGAGCUGGAGAGUGAGAGUGAUUUACGAAUCCUGGUCUCAGACUACCUCAAAGGCCUUAACCUGACCAGAGGGAUCAUCCAUGGAAUCAUCAGUUUUUAUUUGGCUGUUCGUAAGGAGGCUAACACUCGGCUAGUAGGUGGUACAGGUCACAAGCCCCACUACAGCUUGCGUACUCUCUGCCGAGCUCUGAAGUAUGUGGCAUCUGACCCCUGCUACAACAUCCAACGCUCCCUUUAUGAGGGUUUCUGCCUGAGUUUUCUCACUCAACUGGAUCGCAGCUCUCAUCCCAUUGUGCAGAAACUGGUGUGUCAGUUCAUACUAGGAGGAAAUGUGAAAUGUCUGAAACAGUCAAUUCCUCAGCCAAAGGACCGCGUGUGUUUACAGAUGGAGGAGUACUGGCUGAGUCAAGGAGACAUGGAGCCUGCAGUGGACCCCAGUUACAUCCUCACACCUUCCGUCAGACUCAACCUUAAAGAUUUAUCACGGGUGGUGUCCGCCGGGAUCCAUCCAGUGCUCAUCCAGGGGGAAACAUCUGUAGGAAAGACGAGUCUAAUAAAAUGGCUUGCAGCUGCCACAGGAAACCAGUGUGUGAGAAUCAACAACCAUGAGCACACAGAUAUCCAGGAGUACAUUGGCUGCUAUUCAUCUGAUGAGCAUGGCAAACUUACCUUCAAAGAAGGCGUGCUUAUCGAUGCAAUGCGGAAAGGCUAUUGGAUCAUUCUGGAUGAAUUGAACCUUGCCCCGACUGAUGUGCUCGAGGCCCUCAAUAGAUUGCUGGAUGACAACAGAGAGCUCUUCAUUUCUGAGACACAAGAAGUGGUCCAAGCCCACCCCAGAUUCAUGCUCUUUGCCACUCAGAAUCCUCCUGGGCUUUACGGGGGCAGAAAGGUUCUGUCCCGAGCAUUCAGGAAUCGUUUUGUGGAGCUUCAUUUUAACGAGCUGCCCAGUUCAGAGCUGGAGAACAUUCUCCAUCAGCGCUGCAGUCUGCCCCCUUCCUAUUGCUCCAAACUCAUCAAAGUUAUGCAGAACCUCCAGUCUUUACGUAGUGGAUCCAGUGUGUUUGCUGGGAAACAUGGUUUCAUCACUUUAAGAGACCUGUUCCGCUGGGCUGAACGCUAUAGGCUGGAGGAGCAGAAUGACUCUUCCCGUGAUUGGCUACAGCAUCUGGCUGAUGACGGCUACAUGCUGUUGGCUGGCCGUGUCAGGAAACCAGAGGAAGCACAGACCAUCCAGAGCAUUUUAGAGAAGCACUUUAAAAGAACAGUGAACCUAGAUACUCUUUUCUCUGAAGCUCAGGUCACCUCUCAGUUCAGCCCUUUUGUGGACAGUAUUGCGGGUGUCCCUGAAGAGUUUGGUCAUGUGGUGUGGACCCAAGGCAUGAGGAGACUGGCUGUGCUUGUGGGCCGAGCGCUUCGUUUUGGAGAGCCUGUCCUGCUUGUAGGGGACACGGGAUGUGGCAAGACAACUAUCUGCCAGCUGUUUGCAGCUCUAGCCGGUCAGAAAUUUUUCUCCCUUAACUGCCAUUUACAUAUGGAGACGUCUGACUUUCUUGGUGGCCUCCGACCUGUUCGUCAUACUGGAACACAACAGGCUGAUGUAGAAGACGGCCGUCUGUUUGAGUGGAAUGAUGGACCACUGGUCCUGGCAAUGAAACAGGAUGGUGUGUUUCUGAUGGAUGAGAUCUCGCUGGCAGAUGACUCUGUGCUGGAGAGACUCAACAGUGUGUUGGAGACUGAAAAAUCUUUGGUGCUGGCAGAGAAAGGCAGCGGAGAUGAUGAUGAUGUUGAGCUCAUCAUCGCUGGCAAGAAGUUCCGACUUGUUGCUACCAUGAACCCUGGAGGUGACUUUGGAAAGAAAGAGCUGUCUCCAGCACUAAGGAACAGAUUCACUGAGAUUUGGUGCCCCCAGAGUAACAGCCGCAAUGAUCUGAUACAGAUCAUCCAACAUAACCUGCGGCCCGGACUAUCUCUAGACCAGAAUGACCACCAAGGUAAAGACGUAGCAGAGCUCAUGUUGGACUUCAUCGACUGGCUGACCAAUCAGGAGUUUGGACGGCGGUGUAUUCUAAGCGUGCGAGACAUUCUUUCAUGGGUGAACUUUAUGAACACUGUGUGUGAGAGGGACGAGGAUGGCUUCAUGACAAUGGGCGAGAUGGAGGAAGAGGAACCAGAAUGGGAUCUUAGACUGGACACCAUAACAGCCUUUAUUCAUGCGGCAUGCCUUGUGUAUGUGGAUGGAAUUGGCUCAGGAACCACAGUGUCUGCAGCAGAGAAUGCGCUGGUGGCACGGAAGGCAUGUCUGAACUACCUGGAGAAGAGAUUGAGCAGAAUUACUGAGCUGGAUGAAGAGAUGCAGGAUGCGCUAGGAGUCUAUGACACCACCGUCUCCAGAGAGCCCCAGUGGGGUGAAGAUUUUUUUGGCAUUGACCCCUUCUACAUAGCAGCAGGUGCUGAGAGUGAGUGCAGGAAUCUGUCGGACUAUGCCUUGAGUGCGGGCACCACUGCAGUGAAUGCUCAAAGGAUUCUGCGGGCACUAAAGCUUCAUAGACCUAUACUUUUAGAGGGCUCACCUGGAGUGGGCAAGACCAGCCUGGUCACUGCUCUUGCCAAGGCCUCUGGGAACCACCUUGUUAGGAUCAACCUCUCUGAACAAACAGAUGUUACAGAUCUGUUUGGGACAGACCUGCCAGUUGAAGGGGGUAAAGGGGGGGAGUUUGCUUGGCGUGAUGGUCCUCUCCUUGCUGGGCUGAAAGCAGGACAUUGGAUUGUUCUAGAUGAGCUGAAUCUGGCCUCUCAGUCAGUGCUGGAGGGCCUUAACGCUUGCUUCGAUCAUCGAGCUGAGAUCUACAUCCCUGAGCUGGGUAUGAGCUUCCAUGUUCAACAAGAGAAGACCAAGAUCUUUGGCUGCCAGAACCCUUUCACUCAGGGUGGCGGACGCAAGGGCCUUCCUAAAUCUUUCCUUAACAGAUUCACUCAGGUAUAUGUGGAUGCACUAACCAGUGAAGACAUGCAGUUCAUUGGUGACUCCAUCUUUCCUAACAUUGACAACAGAAUCGUCUCAAAAAUGGUGCAGUUCAGCAACCGUCUUGUCCAAGAGGUGACCGUUGAGAGGAAGUGGGGCCAGAAAGGAGGACCAUGGGAGUUUAAUCUCCGUGACCUCUUCCGUUGGUGUCAGCUGAUGCAGACAGACCAAUCACCAGGCUUCUUCAACCCUGGCCAGCAUGUUGGACUUGUGUAUGCAGACCGCAUGAGGACUGAGGCUGACAAGGCGCAGGUAUUAGCUGUAUUUAGAAAGGUUUUUGGGGAAGACUUUGAGCCAUAUUUGGGUUCCAGACAGUUCUAUAUCACACCUUUGAAUCUGCAGUUGGGUUACUCAGUCCUCCAGCGUAGUGGAGGAGCACCUGUUGCUCUGGAUCCUCCUCUCUCCAUCACCCACCAGUGUUUGCAUCCGCUGGAGGCUCUGAUGAAGUGUGUGGAGAUGGGCUGGAUGGCCAUACUGGUGGGUCCCUCUGCAAGUGGAAAGAGCAGUCUAGUGCAUCUGCUCGCACUGUUAACAGGACAUAGACUGAGGGUCAUGGCCAUGAACAGCGCCAUGGAUACUACCGAGCUACUUGGUGGCUUUGAGCAGGUGGACAUCAUUCGUCCAUGGCAGCAGGUCUUGGAGAGCAUGGACUACGUGGUUGCCAUGGUGACCAGGCGAGGUCUGAUGUCAUUGGAUGGGGCGGUGCAGGAUACAGAGUUUCUGUUGAGUACAUGGAGCGGAUUCCGCUGCUGGCUGAGAGAGGAGGGUCUGGAUACUACUGAGGGCACGGUCACGUUUGAGGCCCUAAACAAGCUGGAGGUCAUAAUUGUUCUGCUACAUAAACUCAAUACCAAACUCAAGGUCUUAACAGACAUGUCAAAGCUGCAGAUGGACUUUACUCUACUGAAGGAGCGCUUGGCACAGAUACAGGACGGCUGGACUCAUGGUGGUUUUGAGUGGCUGGAUGGAACACUAGUGCAGGCAUUGCAGACUGGAGACUGGCUGCUCAUGGACAAUGUCAACUUCUGCAGCCCCUCGGUGUUGGAUCGACUCAAUGCCCUCCUGGAACCUGGUGGGUCAUUAACAAUUAAUGAACGAGGAAUCAUUGAUGGAACCACGCCCACAAUCACCCCCCACCCUAACUUCAGGUUGUUUCUUACUAUGGAUCCUGCAAAUGGUGAAAUUUCUCGAGCCAUGAGGAACCGAGGUGUUGAGAUCUACAUCCCUGGCGAGCAUGAGGGCUUGUGCUGGGAUGCUCUGGAUCUAAAGAUGGUUUUACAUACCCUGGGAGUGACAGGAGACUGUGUGUGUGACCUCCUCAUCUCCGUCCAUUCAGAAAUCAAGAGGGCCAUAUGGGAUUCACCUGCGUCCUCCAUGUCCUCUCUACUCUAUGCUGCAUCUCUGUUGUCCAGUCAGCUUCAGAGAGGAGUGGAUCUGCCCAGUGCUCUUCUUCAGGCCUGUGGAGAGGCAUAUGCUUUCUGUCAGCGUAACAUCACUAACCAGCAGCUGGCACAGGAAGUCAUAGAGAGGCAGCUGGCAGUGCUGGACUCUGAGGACUGGGGCAGUGGGCUGCUGUGUACAGGUGUGUGGCCAGACCGCAUCCCCUCAGCCCUUCUGUGCACUGAAGACUCGUGUUUCUCUAGUGUCCAGAGAGAUGGACAGGUCCUUCUUUUCUGCCUCAACACUCUAAGCCUUUACGGGAAAAGGGGUCGUCCACUGAGCCUGGUUGACCUCCAGAGAGCCAUGCAAAGUGGCGCUGUGCUGGACGGUCUGCAGUUUUCUGGAGGUGGAGCACUAGACGAGGGAGCAGAGAAUGCACUGUGCCUCCUCCCGACGGCAGUCAAAAUACUGACAGAGAGAGCCUCUCAUGGUGACUGGGUCCUCAGAACUAGCUGGCUCUCCUACCUCGCUAAAAUGUACAAAUAUGCACCAGAUGCAGCCUUGAUGCAGUUGGAUGCAGGCUGUACAGCGCUGAAGGCCGUAUUCAGCAGCAAGCUCAUCGGUAAAGGCAAAUGUCUGGCAGAGCUCCUGCAGCCUCACAGUACAGAUGACUACAGGAUACUGCUAGACAUGCGCUGGAAUAAGCAGUACUUAGACAUCUUGGCCAACACCUGCAACUUUGAGGAUGAGGAGAGAUACAUGGAAUUCAUGGAAGCAUUGAACGCUGUUGCCAACAGAGUCAUAUUGCUGAUGGACAGAGAGGACAAAGCAGCUAUUAACAGUAGUGUUGGAAACACCUCACCUCAUAACAGUGCUCUUAGACUGGCAACUGCCUUUUCUAAAGGGACAGUGGACAUCGGUCACUUGCCUCAUCCAGUGUUGGUCCACCUGCGCUCGUUCUUCGACCUGUGGGAUUCAUUUGUACUGCAAGCUGUACAGACGGGACAGCCCUACAUCUCUGAUCACCUCAUGUUUGAGAUCUUGCAGCUUCUGCAGUGGAGGGAUCGUUUCUGGCUUGUUUGUAACUCUCUGUCUGCGGAUGCUCGAGGCGUGUGUGUGCUGUCACUGCACUGGCAGUGGGUGCACAAAAACCUUAUAAUGCGGCUACCUCUGCUUCUGAUGGGGGACAGUGACUAUGAAGGGCAACAGGAACUACACACAAUCUCAACAGCGAUCCAGAAUGCUCUCUCCAGCUCUGUAGCUGUGGCCUCUGCACUGAAGGGCAUCCAAAAGACACUAGGAAAACCACUACCCUAUAAGUUGGAGGCCGUGGCCGAAUGUGCAGCCCGUCUGCGAGUGCUGUGCAGAGCUUUGGAUGUUCGAGACCUGCGCCUUGACAACAGCCUUACAUCGCUAUGGAAACAGGUGUCUCGUCUCCGAGGUGUAGCCAUGGGGAUUGACUCUAAGGAGGCUCUGUUGGAAGCUUGGGGUCUGGUGCUCCAGGCCAACCUUCUCCUGGAACCUCACAACUCUGGUGUUCUGGAGAGGCUUGUGAGCUGUGUGGAUCAGCAGCAGGGUCACAUGGCCUCCUGUGGCCUGCUGGAAGAUAGUGAGGAGGAUGUGGGAGACAGCGCCACUCCAGACAGGGAUGUGUUACUGCAGCUUGCACGCCGUGCUCAACUGUGGCCUGCACUGGAGCAGUUGGCCCUGCUCAAUCAGAUUAAAGUCACCACAGACCUACUAUACCUUGCAGUCACACCGCGAGGCAAUAAAAAGGCAGAAGCUGGUCUGUGCAGGUCCCUCUCUAAUCAUCUGCGUUUCUGCAUGCAGUCCACCCCCAUGAACAUCAGACAGCUGCAGCCACUCUGGUUCCUGCUGGGUACAGAACGGCCUGUGGAGGAGCUACCAUUAGUGUGGUGUGAGCUACUCUCUGAGACACUGGCUGCACUGUGGAGUGGCAGUGUGACUUCUGACCCUGAGCGCUGGCUAAAGUGGAAUCCACUUAACCCUGAGGAGCACAAAACCUCCAGAUCACUGUUGGGACCAUCUGAUACAGGUCCUGGCAUGCUGAGUCGUGCAGUGUGGUCCCGGUGUAUGCUGGGAGUUCUAAGCAGCACUGACACUGCCGGCCGGUGGGAUCCAUCAGGCUCACUCUUCCUGUCAUCAUCAAGGGUGACCUUGGGUGAGUGGAGAGAGAGAACAGGGCAGCUGCAGGAUCUAAGUGCUGUGAUCUGGGAUAAUAUGGCUAUGCCUGAGCUUGCUGACUUCAGAUUAACUGACUGCAGGUUGCAGGGCCUGGUUCUACGCAGACAGCUGCAGUCAUUGUCUGAGUUGCUGUCUCCAGGGUUACAGGAGAGCUAUGCUGAAUCCUGUGACAGUCUGACUGAAGGCCCUGACCCAGUCAGGGCUGCCCAGGAGAUUCAAACUGCCCUCAGAGAAGGCCUGCCUGAAAAUUUGCUCCCAGAGGGAUUCCUCGAUACCUUAGUGACAUGCUUGACACAGUUUGUCCAUAAUCAUGCACAAGAUUCAGUCCAGCUUGCCCGGUCUGGAGUUUUCUGGGUGAAUAUGGGUCUGCUGCAAAUCCAAGUUUGGGCUCCACAAACAAUUUUUGACCCUGCUGUGAAGAGAGCAUAUAAACUCCGCUAUGCACAAGAGGAGCUUGCUUUGCUACAGGAAGAGUGGAGAGGGAGGAGUCUCUCUUCCCAGCAGCUAACAGGUGCGGAGCUUGAGGAAAGCAGCACUACUGACAACUUCCAGCAUCCUCGUAUCAGGUAUUUAUGGAUCCGUAUGCAACAGUUAAAAGAGCAGAUUUGUGAACAGAGCCGUAAACAGGCCUGCCGACCUCCUGACCCCCAGUAUGGUCGUCUGUAUCAGGAGCUCCAGCAUUACCUGUGCAGCAUUGGUCAGCCAGCUGCAGUUGGUGACCUGCUGUCCCAUCUCCUGAAAGCCUUGCACAGCCCAGGGUCAAAAUCCAGGCUGGGCAUUCAGGGUCUGCUGAAGGAGGAAGCUGUAUGGCAGGCUUCACAGCAGCGUUUCGAACAGCGGCUGGUUGAGGAGUACCCACUCUAUCCCGAUGUGGUGGUGCCCCUGCGGGCCGCAAUUCUGCAGGUGCAGCAUGGGAUGCGACUGCUGGCUUCCCAGGUGUCCUCCUCAUGGACUGCCCUCCCAGAUCUAACCCGCUUAGUCUCCAUCAUGCUAGCUUUUCCAAGCCCAGCAGCGGCCUCUGAUCUGGCUUGUGCAGACUUUCUGUGCUCAAGGGAAUGCAUGCAGAUGCUAAAGGGCCUGGGAAAGCAGUUGCCGGCAGCAGAGGUCAGCCUUGUGGUGCCAAAUCCUACUGUGUUGCUGCUCAAUGCACUGCUGUAUGUCCAGAGUCACACGCUGAGUGCGGGACAUCUGAGUGCAGAGACGAGAAAACUCUUCAGACACGUUUGCCAGGCUAUAGUGAAUGAAUGGGAUGAGCAGGAAAAGAGAGCGAGAGAAAAAGAGCAGAUGGAAGCCAGUCUGUACCGCAAUCGCACUCAUCUGCAUGGGACGGGCCUUACAGAGGACCAGCAAGAGGAGAGGGAGUUUAGACGCUCUUUCCCCUCCUACCACAAGGAUUUUGCUGACAUCACUUUAGAACCUAGUCUUGAUCAGCCAAUAAUCAUAGAGGAUGACGAUGAUGUGGAUAUGGAGGAUUCUAAUGAGAUGGGCAGCUUUCUAUUGGUCAGCAGCAUGAGCACAGUUGUUCAAGUCCAUCAGAGACUCUGCCUGUCAUACGCUCAGUCGCUGUGGUACCAGCCCAGCCCACCAACCAGUCACACCAAAGAUCACAUCAGUGCACUGGUUUCAUCCUAUCAAAUCACAGCUCCACUGAUAGCCCGCUUCUACAAUCUAAUGGACUGUGAAGUGGACCCUAAAUUGAUGGGUUCUCAGCUCCUACUCAGCACUCUGCUGCAGAACACAGUGACCGGUUCUGGAGGUCCAGCUUGUCUGAUCCUGCAGAGUGAGCCUCCGUAUGACUUCUACAGAGAGUCUAAUAUGAGUCAGGCCCGGCUCUGUCUGCCAGCAUUGGAACAAUUGAGUAAAGCCGUGAGACAGCGCCUGGAUGACUGGCCCGACCACCCUGCACUUGUUCAGAUCACCAUGGUGAUAGACAGGAUAUUGGCAUUCAGUCUGUCCUGCCCUAUUGCCAAGUUUCUGAAUGGUCUGGAGAUCCUGCUCAGCAAGGCACAGGACUGGGAAAACAAUGCUAGCCGCUCUGUGUCUCUUAGGAAUGAGCUAGACGCCAUUACACAGCUCAUCAUUCAGUGGAGAAAACUUGAGCUGAACUGCUGGUCAAACAGUCUGGAUAAUGCACUGAAGCACCAUGCCGAGAGUUCAACAAAGCACUGGUUCUCCAUUUACCAGCUCAUAGAGAAAUACCUACAAGAGCAGAGGACAGACUCCAGACAUGAGGGCGGUGAAGAAGAUAUUUCCCUCUCCUCAGUUUCAACCACCUUACAGGCCUUCAUGGAAGGUUCCACCAUUGGAGAGUUUCAUACACGCUUGUCCAUGUUGCUUGGUUUUCACUGCCAUACCCUACUGGCUCCCAAACAGGAAGGACAGGACUUGCUGUGCAGUUUGCUGUGGAAUCUCAAUAAAUACUACACGCAGUUCUCAGAGAGCGUCCAGAGCAAAAUCACCCAGCUGAGGUCUCCUAUAGAGAAAGAACUUAAAGACUUUGUCAAAAUUUCCAAGUGGAAUGAUGUCAGUUUUUGGUCCAUCAAGCAGUCAGUGGAGAAAACACACAGGACCUUGUUUAAGUUUGUGAAGAAGUUUGAGGCGGCACUGAAGGAGCCGUGUACUCCAUGUCUGGUGGAGCAGGGCAGUAACAGCAGCAUGGAUGAGGUGGAUACUCAGCCUGAAGAGACUCCUCUACACAGGGUUCACCGGGCACUGAGAGGUGCCCUGCCUGGAAAGGGCAGAGAUCUGCUGCAGGCUGAUGGUCCAGAGGAGUUGCCAUCUGAAACAAAGCCCUCAUCUCUUCAAGCCCGUCUGCCUGUCCUCACAAGAAAGAUGAAAAAGUUAUGUGUGCAGCUGAUAAAAAAGACGUCUCUGCCUGAACUAUCUGAAGACCUGGAUCAGUUUACAGCUGAGAUCAUUGGGAAUGUGCAGGCCCUGCAGAGCCUGACGGUGGACCGCAGCAUGGAGCAGGAGAAACAGAAGGCAGAAGUGAAACACAUCCUCCGGCAGAAACAGAGAGCACUAGCUGACCUCUUCAAGAUGCUGUCACAGAUCGGUCUGUCAUACCGUAAAGGUUUGACAUGGGGUCGUACAGCAGACCCAGAGGAGACGUUGAGUCUGCAGCCAAUUGAGAUGAAGACAGCUUUGUCUGCAGUAAAGACUCAGGACAACACAGAGCACACGUUAUUUUCGGAGAUUACGAAUGCAUGGGAGGGCUGUGAAAAGUAUUUCUAUCGGUCCUGGGCCAGGCGCAAUGCCAUGCUGACAGCAUUACAAAGUUCUGUUAAGGAGCUGGGACUGGGAAAUGUAGAGCGCUGUCGAGGUUUCUCCUCUCACCUUUUCAAACUGUUGCUGAGACAAAGACAAAGACUCUCUGGACUCACAGAGCACUGGGUCCAGCUCAGGAAGCUGAUAGACAGUGUCCAGAGCAUUCAGUCCCACAUGUCUGAAGACGACACCAGCGGUUUGCCUCCUCAGGAGCCUCUCCACCACUGGAUCACCAAGGCUCAGUCUUCAGCCCUCCACUGUUCUGUCGCUCUCCAACAGCUCUCAUGGAUCCUUCAGUGCUGUCCUGAAGGGUCUUCUGCAGCCCACACUCAGGCCAGGGAGGGGGAAGUCGUGCAAGGGCAAGCCACACUGAGCCACCCUUCUCCCCUGGCCCCACACAUCCAGCCACAAGUGUGUUUGAUGAGGAGGGGGGAGCAGGCAUGGAAGGAGGUCGAGCAGCGAGUGGAGAACCUAAUGAAGGAGGUGAAAGACCUGAAAGAAAAGCUGGAUGGAUUGGCUCAGGAAUCCACAGAAAGAGUAAUCCAUAGCUGGGAUCACUUCAUGCUUUGCUGUUCCUCUCUGGACCGGUUGUGUGCUGUGGUGGCCCAGCUGCCAGCUCUAGAACAACUCUUUAUUCCUGAUGGGGUCCCUGUCCUCCAUACACAACCUGCCCUCAUCCGUGGUCUUCAGGCUGUAAGGACAGAGGUGGAGUCAUGCCUUACAGAGUUCACCACCUGGAAGACUCAUCUACUCUCUAUCAGACAGUCACAUAAACGGCGUUCCCAUCCAUUUUCUGGUGAGUUCUCAGAGCAGCUGGAGAAAGCAAUAAACAUGGUUCUAUGUGCUGUCCAGAGUCUAGUUAAGAGGAAAGAAAGAGAACCGCAGGAGGGUCAGCAGUCAGAUGGCAAGAGAGAGAGUGAUUCAGAGAUUGCAGAGGAGCUCUUGAAACCGGGACACUUGAGCAGGUUACUGGAAGAGGACCUGAAUGAAGAUGUGUCCUGCCUCUCAUUACCGGAGAUCAAUGGAACGGUGACAGAGCUUCUGCAGAGGCUUCGAUCACACAGGGAUGACUGUCAGCCAAACCAGCUACAGGAACUAAAAGAGGCCUGUAGGUGUAUGGUGCGUUUGGAGCCCAUGCUGUGUGUGUAUUCUGAGUUGGUGCGAUAUUAUCUGGCUGUAUCGAUGGGAGCUCACCGUACCACAGGCAAGCUCCUGUCAGUCCUCGCUAACGUCUUCACUGAACUCGCACAGAAGGGUUUCUGUCUGCCGCAGGAACUUAUGGGAGGAGACGGUGAAGGAGCAACAGAGUUCCAUGACUAUGAGGGUGGAGGAAUUGGAGAGGGAGAAGGAGUGAAAGAUGUCAGCGACAAGAUCGAGAAUGAGGAUCAGGUUGAAGACACCUUUCAGGAGGGUCAGGACAAGAAGGAAGAGCAGCAGGACAAACGGGACAUUAAAGAGGAGGACAAUGCCAUCGAGAUGUCUGAAGACUUCGAUGGACAGAUGCACGAUGGGACUGAACAGGAGCCAGGAGAGGAUGAAGAAGACUCUGAAAAGGAGGAAGAUGAGGAGCUGGAUAAGAAGAUGGGGGAUCUGGGCGAUGGGCAGACAGAUACUCUGGAUGAGAGAAUGUGGGGUGAUGAUGACGAAGAUAAUGAUGAUGCUGACAGUGAUAAAGAGGAAGAGUCAGGUCCAGGAAUGGAUCAGGGAGAGUCAGAGCUGGUUGCUAAGGAUGACAACAUGGAUGCUGGAGAGUCAAACAAAGAUAAGAAGAACCAGGACAAAGAUCUCCCAAAAGAUGAGGAAGAGAAAAUAAAUGAACAGCUGGAUGAGCGUGAGUUCGAUGAAAAUGAAGUAGACCCAUACCACGGUAAGCAGGAGAAGAAGGCAGAACCAGAAGCCAUGGACCUGCCAGAUGAGCUCAACCUCGAUGAAGAUGGCAAAGAUGAAGAGGAGGGAGAAGGAGAUGAGGAGAAUCCAUUUGACAUUGAUGACAAGCCCAUGGAGGUGGAUGAGAACACUGGAGAAGAGAAAGAUGGAUCAGAAGAAGGCAGGGAUGAUAUGACUGAGGAGCAGCAAGAUGGUCAGAUGGAGGAACAUGGAGAGGAGAAACCAGAGGAGGAACCAGGAGAAAAACAGGAAGACCAAGCCUCUGAAACAGAUGAGAGAGAAGAGAAUGAGGGAGAUGAGAAUGAGGAAGAGAAGAAUAAAGGACAAGAAGAGGGGCAAGAGGAGGACAAGUCCAUACCAUCUGAUCAAGGCCAGAGACCAAAGGAGGAAGAGGAUGGAGGUGAGGAUAAUGAAGCUAUGUUGGAGUCUGCGGAGAGGAAGGAACAUGAAUCUCAUGGACAGACAGGAGAGGAGAAUGUUCAGAGUGACACCGCAGUAGAGCUGGCCGGAGCCGCAUCAGAAAGAGACCAGGCCAAAGAGGAACAUGGCAGCGGGGCAGCUGAUGCCAGUCAGUCUGAAGGACAUGACUCCAAGCUGAUGGCCCGCAUGAGCUCACAAAAACAAAGGCAGAAACAGACACAGAGCUUCAAACGCAAACCUGGCCAGGCAGAUAACGAACGCUCAAUGGGUGAUUAUAACGAGCGUGUAAAUAAGCGUUUGCGUACAGUAGAGGACAGAGAGGAGAGAACACAAGAUCAGACUCAGUCCAACACGCAACAGGAGUCUGACCUGUAUGAACACGUAACACAGGAAGAGGACAGAUACGACGCUCAGACAUAUGAUGCUGCCAGUGCAGAGCAACAGAAGCCAACUGGAGUGAAGCAGGAAGAGGAGGAUGAUGGGGAAUCAGACAUUUCCAUGGAGAUGGAGGAAGAGAAGGACAUGCAGGCAGUAGAGGCCCAGGAGCUCAAGCCAGAAAAGCUAAAUGACAAUAAACCUUCUCAGAAAGGUCUGGAGGGAGGGGAUAUGGAGAUACAGAAACCGGCUGAUGAGGAAGAGGAGAAGCCAGAGAUAGAGAAGAGCAGUAAUGAAGAGGAGAGGAAAGAGAGGAGUAUUGAGUCCACCAUUCACACUGUGCCUGAACUACUGAUGGAAACAGAAAAGGUACCAUUGAAGAACCCAGAAGAGCUUAGAAGAGAGAUGGAGCUGCAGUUGGAGGCCUGGCAGAGACAGACUUUAGGAUCACAGGAAGAGGAGAGUGCUGCAGCAGCGAUGUGGCAUCAGUAUCAGACCCUGGCAUCUCCUCUGUCCCAGCAGCUCUGUGAGCAGCUCCGUCUGAUUCUGGAGCCCACACAGGCUGCCAAACUCAGGGGAGACUUUCGCACAGGCAAACGGUUGAACAUGCGUAAGGUCAUUCCUUACAUCGCCAGUCAGUUCCGCAAAGAUAAGAUCUGGUUGAGGAGAACAAAACCCAGCAAAAGAAACUACCAAAUCUGCCUUGCCGUGGAUGACUCUUCCAGCAUGGUGGACAACCACUCAAAACAGCUGGCGUUUGAGUCUGUCUCUGUGAUAGUGAAUGCUCUAACUCUUCUGGAAGUGGGCCAGGUUUCUGUGUGCAGUUUUGGAGAGAGUGUCCAGCUACUGCAUCCAUUCCACCAGCAAUUCAACGACCAAGCUGGAGCAAAAAUACUGCGGCUCUGUCAGUUCCAACAGAAAAAGACCAGAAUAGCUCAAUUUUUAGAGACUUCAACAAAUAUGUUUGUGGCAGCUAAACAGCACAACCCUGGCUCGACAAACACGGAAACAUCUCAGUUGUUGCUGGUAGUGUCUGAUGGUAGGGGCUUGUUCUUGGAGGGAAAAGAGAGAGUCACAGCUGCUGUUCAGGCUGCUCGCAGUGUAAACAUCUUUGUCAUAUUUGUAGUACUGGACAACCCCAACUCCAGGGACUCUAUAUUGGAUAUAAAAGUGCCCAUAUUUAAAGGUCCGGGUGAGCUACCAGAGAUUCGGUCCUACAUGGAGGAAUUCCCCUUCCCUUUCUACAUUAUCUUGCGAAAUGUGAAUGCCCUUCCAGAGACACUAAGUGAUGCAUUGAGACAGUGGUUUGAGCUUGUCACUGCCACAGACCAAUAAUGGACCACAUUGAAGCCAUUUUGCUGGGGCCAGAAGACACAAAUGUACGACAGAGGUUUCAAUGCUGCUAGUCCUCCCAAACAUGGAUGAACACACACAGAUUUGACAGGCUGCUGUACAUGUGCCUUUUUUUUCUUAAUUUUAGUAUUAUUUUAUUGAAUUUGUAGUUUGAUUGAAGCGAUUUCUCUGUUUGAUCGCCAUAAUGAGUAGGAAUCAUGUGUCGUUACCAUCGGUCAACUUUGCACGUCAUUUUAUUUUUUGUUGGUUUUCCUCAAAACUGUAAGAAAAUGUGAUGCCCUCAUGUGGAUGAACCUCAGUUGAACUGAGUAAAUGUUGACUGGAGAUACCGCUAAUCCACUGCAGUAUUGCCCACCCUCUCUCUCGUCCUUUAAAGAUUCAGUUUCUAAAUGUGAAUACAGUCCAUUGAGUGUGAAUGCCAGUAUUCUUUGAUCAUAUUAUGCGCAAAAGGAGGUCCAAUUGCAUGUCAAUAUUUGCCUCCAGACACAUUUAUGGUUAUCCAGACAAAUAUGUGCCUUUUACAAAUCCUACAUGCUCAUCAUGUAGACAAUUCUCAAAGUAAACUCCUCAUUUGCAGUGUAUAUUUUAAAGGAUUCUGAGUACUGUUGCGUCACUGGUCCUUUUAACACACAUCAAGGAGCACAAUUGCUGCCAGUGAAGGAAACUUUUGCAAGAUCUUUAGAAUAUUCUGUGAUUUCAGUCAACACUGUUCUAUAUCCUUGAAAAAGACCUUAGAUAUUUAAACUCAUUGACAAUAAGUGCAUAUCAUAUCAGACAUUUCUAAUUUUUAACAUUUCAUUUAGAAGUAUUUUGAUUCAGUUACAAUUUGCACACAUUUUCUGCUCCGUUUGUACAUUCUGAAGAAGGCAACAUCAAAAAGCAGACUAUUUCGUCAUUGUCCACAUACAGCAGUAUCCUGGUAUUUGUCUUUGGUCUCUUGUUAUCUUUCUCAUCUUGGUUGAGGAAAUGAUAUUUGUUCAUAACCGUGAAAAUAACAAUAAAACAAGU